AGGAGGACGAGGCUGGACGGGGACGCCCUGCUCAGCCGGCGGGGCGACAUGGAGGCGCAGCUACGCCACCUGGACGAGAGCAUCCGGCGCAGCGAGGCCCGGGCCUCUGAGACCGAGCGGAGGUACUACGAGGUCCUGGCCCAGCGGAAGCAGCGCGCGGCGGAGGACAAGCUGCGGAACGAGCAGCUGCUCGGCCACGAGCGGGGGGCCGCCGCGCUGGAGCAGAGGAUCAAGGAGAGCCGCGAGGAGUGGCUGGCCAAGCUGCAGCUGCUCUACGAGAGCAACCAGGAGGCCGAGCGGCCGCUGGUCGAGGACCUGAGGGUCGUGAAGGACAAGACCGAGAAGAUGCGCUACAAGAAGGACGAGAUCGAGCGCGCCCUGAACCCCGAGAAGUAG